AGGGGAACCUGGAGCAGUCCCGGAGCCUGAGCCGCUGACAGGAGAGGAGAGAGCAGCGGCGGCAGGAAGAGGAUGGCCGGGGGUGCUGGCGCCGGUGCGGACGGCGGUGCUGGUGGUGGCGGCGGCGGGGGCGAUGGCAGCAGUCCCAGUGGCGGCAGCAGCAGCAGCACUGGCGGGAGGAGCCUCCGGGAAAUGGAUGAAAAGAGGCUGCUGGAUCCAGGGUUGAAGGUUCAUAAAGGCCUCUGGGAUGAUUCUCUGAAGAACCAGCAGAUGGAAUGCCUGAGUGACUGAAGAAAAUGGGUGCUAAUGCAUCUAACUAUCCUCAUUCAUGUUCCCCAAGGGUAGGGGGGAAUUCACAGGCCCAACAGACUUUCAUAGGGACAUCAUCCUAUUCUCAGCAAGGCUAUGGUUGUGAAUCAAAAUUGUAUAGCCUUGACCAUGGCCAUGAGAAACCACAAGACAAAAAAAAGAGAACUUCUGGCCUUGCCACCCUCAAAAAGAAGUUUAUUAAGCGUCGAAAAUCUCAUAGGUCUGCCGAUCACGCCAAGCAGAUGCGAGAACUCCUAUCUGGGUGGGAUGUUAGAGAUGUCAAUGCAUUAGUGGAGGAAUAUGAGGGAACUUCAGCCUUAAAGGAGCUUUCUCUACAAGCCAGUUUGGCUAGACCGGAAGCCCGGACAUUGCAGAAAGAUAUGGCCGACCUUUAUCAGUACAAGUAUUGUACUGACGUAGACUUAAUAUUUCAAGAAACUUGUUUUCCUGUUCAUCGUGCCAUUUUGGCAGCAAGGUGUCCAUUUUUUAAAACACUGCUUUCUUCCUCACCCGAAUAUGGGGCAGAGAUAAUAAUGGACAUCAAUACAGCUGGUAUUGAUAUGCCCAUGUUUUCUGCUUUGUUACACUACCUUUAUACAGGAGAGUUUGGAAUGGAGGACUCAAGGUUUCAAAAUGUUGAUAUCCUUGUUCAGCUUAGUGAAGAAUUUGGAACACCAAAUUCCCUUGAUGUAGAUAUGCGUGGACUCUUUGAUUACAUGUGUUAUUAUGAUGUCGUCCUUAGUUUUUCUUCAGACGCUGAACUAGUUGAAGCUUUUGGUGGAAAUCAGAACUGUUUAGAUGAAGAGCUCAAAGCCCACAAGGCUAUUAUUUCUGCACGGUCCCCAUUUUUUCGAAAUUUAUUACAAAGGAGGAUACGGACUGGUGAAGAAAUCACGGACCGAACUUUGAGGACUCCCACAAGAAUUAUAUUAGAUGAGUCCAUUAUACCAAAAAAAUAUGCAAAAGUGAUAUUACACUGUAUGUAUACCGACAUGGUGGACCUCUCCGUUUUGCACUGUAGCCCCUCUGUGGGGAGUCUCAGUGAAGUUCAGGCUCUCGUUGCAGGGAAGCCAAACAUGACCAGGGCAGAAGAAGCCAUGGAACUUUACCACAUAGCACUAUUCUUGGAAUUUAACAUGCUUGCACAAGGCUGUGAGGAUAUCAUUGCUGAGAGCAUCUCAUUAGAUACCUUAAUUGCCAUCCUCAAGUGGAGCUCUCAUCCAUAUGGCUCUAAAUGGGUGCACCGACAAGCUUUACAUUUCCUCUGUGAGGAAUUUUCCCAGGUCAUGACUUCGGAUGUUUUUUAUGAACUCAGCAAAGACCAUCUGCUUACUGCUAUCCAGUCUGACUACCUACAGGCAAGUGAACAAGAUAUCCUUAAAUAUCUGAUUAAAUGGGGAGAGCAUCAGUUGAUGAAAAGAAUAGCAGACAGAGAGCCAAACUUACUUAGUGGCACUGCCCAUAGUGUGAACAAAAGAGGUGUAAAAAGACGAGACCUGGACAUUGAAGAGCUUAGAGAGAUCCUUUCUUCUCUCUUACCUUUUGUGCGAAUUGAACACAUCUUACCUAUAAACAGUGAAGUCUUAAGUGAUGCAAUGAAAAGAGGUUUGAUUAGUACCCCUCCAUCAGAUAUGCUUCCUACCACAGAAGGUGGAAAAUCAAAUGCCUGGUUGCGACAAAAAAAUGCUGGCAUCUAUGUUCGUCCUCGACUAUUCUCUCCCUAUGUGGAAGAAGCAAAGUCAGUGCUAGAUGAGAUGAUGGUGGAACAAACAGAUCUUGUGCGUUUGCGAAUGGUUAGAAUGUCCAAUGUGCCAGACACACUCUACAUGGUCAGUAAUGCCAUGCCACAGUGUUGUCACAUGAUCAGCCACCAACAGAUCAGCAGUAACCAGUCAAGCCCUCCUUCAGUUGUAGCCAAUGAAAUUCCAGUUCCUCGUCUCCUCAUUAUGAAAGAAAUGGUCAGACGACUGCAGGAACUACGACACACUGAGCAGGUGCAGAGAGCCUAUGCACUCAACUGUGGGGAAGGCGCCACCGUCAGCUAUGAGAUUCAGAUUCGAGUACUAAGAGAGUUUGGUCUUGCAGAUGCUGCUGCAGAGCUCUUACAGAAUCCUCAUAAGUUCUUUCCCGAUGAACGUUUUGGAGAUGAAAGUCCACUCUUGACAACGAGACAGCCUGGGAGAUGUCGUGUUAACAGUACCCCUACUGCAGAAACCAUGUUUACAGACCUGGACUCUUUUGUGGCCUUCCAUCCACCCUUGCCCCCUCCGCCGCCUCCGUACCACCCCCCAGCUACCCCAAUCCAUAACCAACUGAAAGGAGGCUGGAAACAAAGACCUCCCAGUCAGCAUCCUUCACGUUCGUUUUCUUAUCCCUGUAAUCAUUCGCUGUUUCACUCCAGGACAGCUCCUAAAGCUGGACCUCCCCCAGUCUAUCUGUCAGGUGUGAAAGCAGCGCCACCUGAUUGUACCAACACCACAGGCCUGGGGAGACAGACAGUAGCUGCCGCUGCCGCUGCCACAGCCUCGGCAGCAGUAGCAUCUGAGAAACAAGUGUGUACACAACCUGUGCUAAAUGAUCUGAUGCCAGAUAUCGCCAUGGGUGUAUCCACGCUGUCACUCAAGGACAGGCGGCUUCCAGAACUUGCUGUAGACACAGAAUUAAGCCACUCAGUUUCUGAAGCAGGACCAGGACCUCCCCAGCAUCUGUCGUGUAUUCCACAGAGGCAUAUGCACACUUCUAGAAAGAAACACACACUAGAGCAAAAAACAGAUGCUAGAGAAAAUCAGCAGGAAUAUCCGGAUUUCUAUGACUUCUCAAAUGCCGCUUGCAGACCUUCUACUCCUGCUCCUAGCAGACGUACCCCUUCUCCUUCACAAGGUGGAUAUUUUGGUCCCGAUUUGUAUAGCCACAGUAAGGCAUCACCAAGUGGCUUAAAGUCAGCCUAUCCACCUAGCCAGAUCUCUCCUAAAAAACAGGAAGAAGCUAGGAGAGAAUAUCCACUUUCCCCCGAAGGGCAUCUCCACAGACAAAAGAAUGAGCCAAUACACCUGGAUGUCAUCGAGCAACCUCCCCAGCGGUCAGACUUUCCUUUGGCAGCCCCAGAAAAUGCUGGUAAUGGUCCAGCCCAUGUCAGGGGACGAACCACAGUAGAAACUGACUUGACUUUUGGGCUGACUCCUAACAGACCUUCACAUUCUGCAUGUAGCUCUGAAGCUCCAGAAGAGAGAUCCAGUAGAAGACUGGCAGACAGUGAGUCCCUGGGCCAUGGAGCUCAGAGAAAUACAGACUUGGAAAGAGAAGAUUCAAUAAGCAGAGGAAGGAGGUCACCAAGCAAGCCAGACUUCCUCUACAAAAAGUCUGCCCUCUGAGAGCAGCCGCCAAGUCGUCUGUGCCUGAGAUGUGAAACAUCCCAUUUUAUGAUGUAACCCAACAACUUACAGACCAAUUUAUCAAUGCCAGCUGAUAACUCAGUUUCACAUUAUUUUAUUCUAGUUUCUGUGUAUAUAUGUUUAGUAGACAUGGCAUGCUAAGAGGGUUAUUUUGAAUGCUGCAUCUGUCUAUUUUGUUUGAACAAUUGUGUGGGGAAGCAUUUUUAAGAGCAAGCAAGCUGGCACUUUUUUUUCCUCUU